AUGUUGGCCUUCCUGAAUCUCGGGCUCUUGCCGGACCUCCCCGAGAGCCUCCGUGGUAAUUGCCUCUUCCGAAAGGCGGUGGCGGCAAGGACCGAGCAACACUGCAUUGAGAGCUAUGCGGACUUCCUAGGAUGCAAGCAGGAGGGGAAGAUGCUGGAGCAGAUGUCUUUGGCGCACAGCUCUCAAGCACUCUAUGCCAUGGCCAGUGAGGCCUCCGCGGUGGUGUUGCCUUACAUCAACAGCGCUGUGGGUGGUAACGUGCAAACCUUUGCGAUGAUGCAGAGCGUCACGUCGAUCAGCCAAGUUCUUGGUGGCCUUUGCUUCGGCCACUAUGCUGACCGUUUUGGCCCCCGCUGGGCGCUGCUGACGGCGCAUGGCGCGGCCAUGAGCAGUGCGAUUCUGGUGGCUUCUGCGCAGAGCCGUCCGUCCCUCUUCCUGGCGAUGAUGCCGCUGACACUGGCGCAUGGCUUUCAGGCCUCCGGCCAGAUUGCCGUGCAGUGCUCAGAGCCGGAGCAGCGCAGUGUAGCGAUGGGCCGCAUCUCUGGAAGCUAUGGACUGGGCUUCUUCACUGGCACCUUGGUCACCGCCUAUGCCGCGCGGCUCCUGUUGCCCCGGCAGAUCGCCUGGGGCGCAGUGGCCUUAGAGGCCAGUGUCCUGUCCACGGUACUGGCGCUCUAUCCCUCCGGUGAGUACUCCGUCGAAGAGCCCAAGCCGGCGGCGAGCUUUUGGGAGAUUCUGCAGCGACCUCACGUUUGGUCACUGGUGCUCUCGAAGCUGUCGACCUCAGCAGCAGGCGGAAUGCUGCUUUGCAUGAUCACCCAGUUUGCAAUGGACCCUUUCAACUUCUCUACAGCGCAGACCAGUGUGCUCAUGGCAUAUGUGAGUGGCAUGCAGCUCCUCUCUCAGACCUUCGUGGUGCCACACUUGGGGCACUUGGGGCCCAAAGCCUUGCGGCUCAGCUCCGCCGGAGCUUUGCUGGUGCCCUUGCUGGGCCUUUGGGCCAGUGGCUCCAGCGCGUUGGGCUACUGCGUUUGGAUGGGUCCGCUGGCUGCUAGUGGCUAUGGGGGCAAUACGGCGCUGGGCAGCCUCAUGUCCUGCUUGGCACCGGAGAGCGAGUCAGGCAGCAUGGUGGCGCUUGGCUUGGCACCCUUGAGCUUGGGUUUCAUGCUGGCUCCCAUCAUGUCCAGCUGGGUCUACCAACACUUUGGCUUCCAAGCAGUGCCAGCAGUGGCUGCUGCCAUGUUGUGCUGCGCCACUGCAGCCAUCGAGGUAUUGGACUCGAUGGACGCGGAGGAGGAGUCCUUGGAGUUGUGUGACUCCGACAACGAGAUCUCCUGA